AAUCCAGCUCACAGCUGAGGAUUGGUGCAACCGAGCGAUCUUCCUCUAUAUCCACAAAGCCUAGAGUGUCAUCUGUCUCCUGUGUGCGUUUCUCAUUCCCACAGGAUAUGAAUCAUUCUCUACUGGAGCAGUGACACCAAGAUAAUGGACUUCUGUGUGCAGUAGAGGACACGACUGUCAUCUGCUAAACAAAAGACUCCGACAAACAUUAAGUACUACAGUAUCUUAUUAUGAGUAUCUUAUUACAACAAAGCAAUAUAAAGCACCAUCAGAAUAUUCAGCAGCUGACCAGAGGAAGUGCGGACAGCCUGUGUGAGCAUCUGUCUGGGAUGGAUGGCCAGGUGGAGGAGCUGAAUGGGACAGACCUGGAGGGACAGAGCUUUCUGCGCUUCAACCCAACAACUCUUUCCACUGGAGCUGCUGCGGUCUCGUCCAGCCACACUGAAAGUGUCUACGUCUAUCUUUCUAUCUUCCUCAGCUUGCUGCUCUUCCUCCUCACCCUCCUCGUUAUCACCCUGCACAGGCUGAAAAACAUCAUCUCGUCCAGUUCGUCCUAUCCGGAGUGCAGCAGCGAGGCAGGCAGUUCAUUCACCAACAUGGAGAUCUGCAGCCUGUCUUCACAGAGAUCAACAGUGUCAUCAUUGUCCUGCUAGUGACAUUAUUAUAAUAAAUGCAAAUGUUUUAUAACAUUAAAUCAUUACUGAAUCAUUAGUCAUUUUUAUGACUUAUUGCUAUAGUCAUAGGCAAACAUAUUCAUAACAGUAAUACAAAAAUAAAAAUAAACAAUGGGGCUACAAAAACAAAAAGGUUAAGGAUCGAUAUUCCUGGGGAAGAUAAAAUGCCUCACCCUUAACUAUAUGUAAUAUCCCUCUAAGCUCUCGCAUUUGGAAGUGUUUUGUUUUUUCCAAAAUACAAUACGCCCAUUAAUAAUUAUUUACACUAUUUACACUACUUUUUACUGUUUCAGAAUAAUAAUCAAGACUAUGAAAUAACAUUUGAAAUAAGACAGAGUAUUAUGCAUUGACUAAGAAAAGUUAAAUAAAUCAAAACUAUUUUAUAUUUUAAAUUAUUAAGAGUAGUCACUCUUAGUAUCUUCUCAGUCAGCUUUAUGAGGAGCUUCACCCAGGAGGCUUUUCUUAAAUUUCCCAGAUAUUCAGAAACAUAUAUAUUGACUUCACUAUUUACAUUUGUCUUAGAAACAAAUUUCAACCAUAAACCUUUAUUAAAAGGUCUUUAAGAUAAAGAAAUAUUCAAUCUAGUGUGUCCAGACUUGUGACUGGUAUUGUAAACUCACACCUAGUGUUGGCAAUGUGUGUGUGAUAAUGAUGACUUAUAAAAAAAUGAAAAUAAAAAAAGGUUUCAACUGUAGCUAAUUGUCAACUGAAUAAAUGUAGGUGAUUUAAGAAUUUAAAAUAUAUAUUUUUAAUGAAGUAUACGGAAAAUCAUCAUAUAAUAAGACAUUUAAGUGUUAGUUAUAGCCACUCUUUUUAUAGAAGAAACUGAGAAUUAAGAGUAUGAUCCAGGGUGUAUAGUAGUAAUCUUAACUCUAAUGGAGAACCUAUGUAGAGGCUAUCCCGUGCUCCCAGGAUAGCCUCCAGACCACCCACAAGCCUGACUAGGGUAAAGUGGAUGAACGAAUAGAUAAAAGAAAAUUAAGAGUCCAGUACUCCAGAUUGCCUCUAGCACACCAGAUCUGAGUUCAACCAGCUUACUGAGUUUGCCUUUAGGGAAAGGGGUGGAGCUAAGCAGCUAUGUUCCAGCAGGGUGGAGCCUAUUUCUGGGCCUGAAAACUGUAAGCCAAAGCUAGAAGACACUCGCGAGAUCCACUGCAUGGCAAUGGUAUGAGUUUAAGGAAUCUUUGAAAAUAUAUGAUUAUUAUAGACUUUUAACAAUUAUAUACACUUAUAAGACUUACACAAGUAAUUAUAAAGUGCGCCAUAAACACCUAUUUGUUUACACUUUCAUUUAUAGUGCCUUUUUUCUACGUUACUAUUUCUAAAAAGAAAUUGUUUUAAAAAGGAGCUUUUCUAGCAACACUAUGCGAAGAGACCUUACUAACAGGAAUAACAUUAAACCUUCUAAGAGGAAGAUGGUACACAGAUUAUUAGGAGUUUGAUGGGGUCUAUGCAGGGAAAAAUCACAUUAAAGUUGAACAAUAUGUGCAACACUGAAACCCAUGACUUGUGUGUGUCUCUUACUGUCUACAGUGUAAUGAAUAUUUGAGGAAAUUCAGUCUGAGGCCCAUGAAACACAAACCAUGUCCUGCUGUAAGCUGUAAAUGUGCAUGAUUUUACAAAAUGGAAUAGGAAUUUAGUAGUUUCAUCAAACAAUAUUUCCUGAAUAAAAUGAGGAUGAAACUGUUCGAGUAUUGUCUCUGUAUCAUGUUAAAUAUCUGGUGAAUCUUGCACCUGACUGCUCCAUAACACAUUUGAUACAAAGUGAUUAGUAAAGGCAUGAGUACCUUAUGUCCUGUGAGUAGCUAUUAUUAAAUCAUUACAGGACUAUAUCUCAGCAAAGUGGACUGCAGUAUAUAACUGUUUGUGAUACCUAAUUUCUCUUAUCCCUGACUGCUGCUCAAUACUUUUAUGCAGAUAUUUAGUAUAGUCGCAAAUACACUCUAUAUUCUAUGGGAAAUGAGCAGCAUUUAAAGAAGGCUUGCCUUUUAAACAAACGGCUGUAUUUCAGUAACAUGGGGUGAAAUAUGCCAAAUACUCUUUAUUAACACAGAUGUGUGUAUGACCUAUAACUCGUCCCUGAGUGCACAAACUGUUAAUAUAGACAUAUAUUACAGAUAGAAUUUAUACACUAACUUGAGUCCUUGAUAUAUUCCACUCGAUUUUCAUUGAGAUACUGAGAUCUUUGGGCUAAAAAAUUCCUGGUUUGUUGUAAUUGUUUCUCAGGUGAUUCCGCAAUUAUGGUGCAAAUUGUAAUUCUUAAAAAAUGAACUUUUUCAAAAUUCUUUUUGAACAUUGAAUCUAAGAAAACAUUUGACUAUUCAGAAAUGUGUGAACUCAUCUCAGCACUUUGCUGUUAAAUGAGUAACACGGUUGUAAGGACCAGGGUUGUGGGUUUGUUUAUAAAUCUUAGAAUUAGCAAUUACACAAAGUGUGACUAACUAACACCCAUGCUAAUGGCAUGAAGACAUUAAGGACAGUCUAAUGAUUUACAUCAAAUGAUUAUUUUGAAUGAAUUAUUUCAUUUAGUCAUCUGGAUUAGAGGACUGGACAUUCACAGUGACCUCAUCAGUCAGUAUCACGUGUGGAAUAUUCCAAAUAUUUCACUGGGAUGAAUGUGUUUAUGUAACAGGGUUGAGUUCAUUUUGUGUCACCAAAAGUACCAUAUAGCUUCAUAACAUAUUAUCAAUGACUCAUGGAAAAGGUUUUUUCAAGUAUUAUAUGUGAAACAGAUUCACAUAUUAACCCAAGAAUAAUAGGGUUAUCGAAAUAGUUUAAUGACUGUAUUUCAAGGUAAAGUGCAGUUACAGUGGGAUGGAACAGGCUGUUUCCUGUGGAUAGAUUAGAUUUGAUUCAACUUUAUUGUCAUUGUGCAGAACCAAUGAAAUGCAGUUUUUCCACAUAUUCCAGCUUGCUAGGAAGCUGGGGUCAGCCAUGAUACAUAUCAAUACAGCACCCCUGGAGCAGAUGUGGUUAAGCGCCCAACAGCAGCAGCUUAACAGUGAACCCCCAACCUUCCAGUCAGUCACCCAGAGCCUUAACCAUUCAGCCACCACUGGAUAGGGCUUCUUUUUUAAGUUAUUACU